GCCCAGCGGGGCUCUGCCAGGCAGACUCCCGGCACAGCACUUGGCCCUCGCUGUCACUCGCGGUCGCCUGGCCGUUGUCAUCACUGUCCCUACGCUGUCACCUUUCAAGCCCCAGGCUGGCUGAUUCCGAAGCCCCCGACGCCAUGGAGGAGUGGGACGUGCCGCAGAUGAAGAAGGAGGUGGAGAGCCUCAAGUACCAGCUGUCCUACCAGCGAGAGACGGCCUCCAAGACCAUCCCCGAGCUGCUAAAGUGGAUUGAGGAUGGGAUCCCCAAAGACCCCUUCCUGAACCCCGACCUAAUGAAGAACAACCCGUGGGUGGAGAAGGGCAAGUGCACCAUCCUGUGAGCGGCGCCGGCCCACCCCCACGCCGGCCCACUCCCACCGCCCCGCGAGCCCUGCCCCGCCCACUC